AUGCCUCUUCCUGGUGGACUGCAGGAGUGUUUCUCGCGCUACUCCGAGCGAACGUCCAUCACAGAGACGGUUGGGGAGUCCAUAGCCUCGUUCUGUGUAGGGCAGUACACGUGGUCGGCGGCCAGGGAACACGGACUGCCGGGAUUCAACAUCUCUAGGCAGGCAUACACGUGGGUACAGGGUCUGGUUACGCGUUCCAGCCUGGGAAGAUCGAAGCGACAGGCGGUAAGGCUGAGGAUCCGCAAGGAAUACCGCCGGAUGUCAGACCUUGAGCGCGCCACAUUUCACAGGGCUGUCAACAUGCUCAAAGCUGACACGACCGUGGCCCCGAAUAUGUACGACGCGCUGGCGGCCAUUCACCAGGGAAUCAUGACGACUGCGGCUCACGGCGGACCCAACUUCCUGGGAUUUCAUAGGGUCUACCUCUUGAUGUUUGAAAAUGCUCUUCGUCAGAAGAUUCCCUCAGUUACCGUACCGUACUGGGAUUCCACGUUAGACCAGCCAAUGUUCAAUCCGACCCGGUCAGUUAUUUUCACCAACUCCUUCUUAGGCAACCCCUUCGGUAUGGUCCGGACUGGCCCUUUUGCGGGCUGGACCACAUUGUCCGGACCGCUCAUCCGAAAUUCUGGUCAGUCCGGACAACUGUUCAGCAGUGCGCAGAUUGCGAGGAUUCUUUCAAACGUCAGAGUUGCGCAAAUUACGGAACCCAAUGCGCACCUGAAUACCAGUCUGGAGUUUCUCCAUAACCAGGUCCAUAUCUGGAUAGAUGGACAGAUGGGUUCGCUGGAAACCGCCUCCCACGACCCUAUAUUUUGGAUGCAUCACGCGUACGUUGAUUACGUUUGGGAAUUGUUCCGUCGUAAUCAACGUCGCUUUGGAAUCGAUCCCACCACAGACUACCCAGCAUUUGUGAAUAACUCUAUGCACAUGGCUGCGUUUCCAAUGGGCCUCGCAAACUUCCGGAACAUUGACGGCAUGAGUGAAGUUUUUACGUCAAGCAUCUACACAUACGAGACGUCACCGUCAUGUUCUCAGCGGAUGCCGGAUUGCGGGUCGCCGUACCUGAGAUGCGUCCGAAGAGGGUUUCGUCCACUAUGCGUUUCCGUGGACUGGUCGGGAGCCCCACGCUUUAAUCCACUACAGCAUACCGUGUUUGGUGUUGCGUCAAGGAUGGCCGCGCAAGCUCAACAGAUCGCUUUGAUGAAUACUGCACGUGCUGCGCAGGCACAGAGGACACUGCAAAUGCAGAUCGCACAACGACGGAUAACCGAACAGCGCUUACAACAGCAGCGGAUGAUAAUGUCGCGACGGCGGAACAGGUUACCAUUGGCACCCAUGUCGCAGUUGGGGCCUGUCGGAGAGGCUGAAGGGGGCGGCGCUGAUGAUGCCCUUGAAACGCAACGACUCCUGCGACGAAGAGCUGCCCUUCUUAGAAAGAGGAAUGCCCUGUCACGGAAGAUUCGUAGAAUAAGAGCCGCGAUGCUCACCGAUCCUAGAGGAAGCGCUUUCGACGAGUCAAAGAUCAUUAUCAAUAACGCGUUUUUAAAGAAACAACGAGUACCAGCAGAGUUGCCGAACAGUAGGCUACCGAUCCCGCAAAAUGUCCAAAACACCACAAACUCCAUUCCGCCGCUCGAUCAAUCAGUGUCGACUUGUCCGGCAUUGCCGGUGACUCAGGGAUAUCAAAACACUUUCAACAUGAACGGACACAGCAACAUUCGCCAAUGGGUUUACGUUCCCGUAAAAAUCGUGUACCAGCGUCCGCCGACAUUUUCAAGUUACUCCUCUUUUCCUAUCGUGGACGGAGAGGCGGAAGCAGAAGACAUUUACUCUUCUGCCGCCAAUCCAAGCAUGAGGAACUUCCUGCAGAUGGGCAAGCCGGCGUCAUAUUCCCGUUGUGUUGACCAGGAGAGCGGUGCCGGCCGAGUUUACGUUACGUCAAAAGGAUUAAACUACAUGGGAACGUACAAAGAGUACGCGGUAGUUGAUCACAGACUGGCGAUUUCUAUAGCAACGGCGUAUGUUGCAGUUAAAUCUCCACAGUUUGGGGCGUCUGAGGUGUUUCUGAGUGCUUACGACUCAUGCGGGCGCGUCUGUCAGCCAUAUUGUAAACUGGCGAGUCAGCCUGAUUUCCAGAGAUGUACCGGGGCGUUCCGUGUGACGUCAACAAUGCCGCGCCUGUACGGUGCUAAUUACGGUGACGCCGUGACUCAUUUAUGGCAGUUCAAACGUGGCGACUACUGUCCGAUGAUGCAAGACAACAACAUAUACAUACAGUUCCAUUGUAGCUAUAGAGAUACAUGGCCGUUCGGUGCAACCGGAAGUGGGUCGCCUGUGUCAUUAGGAGACAGAGGUGGCGGCGGACAGGGAACACACGCAGGACAUCCUGCAGGGAUGGCGGAGGUUGCACCAGAGGUCGAGCUUGAGGCACCAGAAGUCCCUGCGUUUCCAACAGCGGGCACCUCCGGUGUGAGUCAUGUGAUUCCUUCCGGUGUCCAAGGAUGUCACGUUGGCAACGGUUGUGUUGUAUCAUCUGGAUGUCAAAUGUGUCAAGAGGGCAAAAAGUUCCCAUGCGUUGGCUCGUGCGACUCCUACGCCACAUGCCAACACGGGAAACUCGUUCCAAGCAUGUGCUCGAGCAAUUUAUGGUUUGACCCGGCGCAAGGUCAAUGCGUGCUAGGUCACUGCUUUAACAACCAAAAACAAUGGUGGCAUACCGGAAGUGGCUGGAAAUAA